UGAAGUAUUAUGCUAGCUAGCAGAUAAGAAACCGCUUCAAAUUAUUUUGUAUCAUUUAAGGCAAUGCAUACACGGUGCCAGGCGUAUUCUCCUUCGUAACAUAUGCCAUGUCUUCCUUUUGUUUGUUUCUUCAGUUCCUCCAAAAAAUCUACUCUCCCUAUAACUUCAUUCUCCAUCUCAUAGAUCUCUCAUAUUCUUUUCUCUCUUCAAUCUUUUUCUGCCCUUUAUGGAUAGUCUACCACCAUCACUUGAUCCAACACCCUUAAUGGAUUACUCUCCAGUAGUUUCACCGAUAGCAUCUCCUGAAGCAACACCACAUCUAUCUCCACUGCACGCCAUUGAUAAGCCUAAGACAUUAUCUGAAAAAGAACUCGACGCUCAUAGGGUUCAGAGACUCGAGCCCCAGAGCAUCAGUAGGCUCCAGAUAUCAACAGUCAAUCAGCGAACAUGCCUCCUAAAAGAAGAAACGGAAAUCAGUCAGCCACUCAGCCCGAAGAACUAUUGGGCGAUCAUGUUUCUCAUACGGAGUUCAGGGCUACAUUUACUACUCUUGCUCAGUCAUUUGCUGCUUAGAAUGAAUAACCAGCUAUCAUUCUGGUCAACCCAGUGGCCAAUUCAGCUGUAGCAAGGAUUCGGGACUUCACCCAAAUGAACCCUCCAUCCUUUAUCGGGACUAAGUUAGAUGAGGACCUCAGGAAUUCAUUGAUCAGGGCCAAAAGGUUACAGACAUAAUGGGGGUUACUUGUAGUGAGAUUGUUGAGCUAGCUGCAUAUCACUUGCAGGAUGUUUCUCACUCUUGGUUUAAGCAGUGGAAUUUAGGGAGGGUAGUCAAUGCAGGGUCGAUUGAGUGGGAAGAGUUUGCUUCUAAUUUCCUUGAUUGAUUCUUUCUCCUAGAGAUUAGAGAAGCUAAGG